AUGUCAAAACGAAUUGGGGUUGACUUGGAAGGUUGCAGGAAACAAACUGGUUCACGUUUCCAUGUUUCUAUUACCACAACAAACUUAUCAUCAUGAAAAACGGAAACACAGAGAUCUUCAAAUCUAUCUAGUGCUCAACAAAGCGCUCAUGGAGUAGAGCUUGCGAUAGUGAGCAGAAUUUGUGAAAUUAUCAGACCACGACAAGUUGAUGCAGAAAGCAAUGGAAGCAGAAGAAAGCUUUUCAUCUUUGGGUUUCCUUCCACUAGUUGAUGCUUAUCUUAAAGGGGAAGAACAAAUAAAUGUGAGGGUCAAGCUAGCACCUCAAAGCAAUGUUGAAGGAGAACAGGUUGGGAAGAUCCAUAAAGAGGAAGCUGUGUGCAGAUUCUGUUUUAAUAACAUAUUUCAAUAUGAAAAUAUUUUUAUGACAAAAUGCAACUGCAAAAUGAUCGCCUUGACCCAUGAAAAUUGUGCAAUGGAACGCUGGCGGUCUAGAGAAGAAGGGAACCUCAAAUGCGAAUACCGUGCGCAAGAUAUUCAGAAUGUACCCGUGACAUUAUCAAGGGCAGACAAAAAACCAGGGCAAUGAAGUUUGAAUUCUAAGAGGUGCUUUUGUUUUUGGUGUACAUGAUGAUCUUUCCAUGAAUGUGGGCAUACGUGGAAUUGCUUUUGGUUUUGCUGUAAGGCAUAAACAACAGCUAUGGUGGAAGUUUUGAUGUUGUUGCUCUUAGAGGAGAUUUGGUGGUUCCUUCAAAAUCUAUUUACUUUGCGCAUUGUUUUUGGCUUGUAAUUUGAAAGAUUUCUUUCUCUUGUUUCGUUCUGGUCUAAUUCUCUACUAAAUGUGCAAUAUGUUUGUGUGUCGUGUGCUCGUUGAGUUGUUGUAAUUGGUGAUAUUGCAGGCUAAUUACAUUUUGGGUA